GCAAACGCUUAUUUGCAAGAGUUUAAAGGUGCCUUUAUAGAAGUAGGCUGGUCAGCGCAGGUAACAUGCUAAUCGUGUACAUAUGAAAAGCUAGCUGGGUUAUAGAUGAAUUGUUCCAUGUAAACGCGUCGGUUCAGAUUGGUGAAAUUAUUUUUUGACAAAGUUGAGUGGAAAGAAUCUUCCGCUGUUGUGCAUGAAACUUAUUGACGAUUGCAAACAGUCAAGUUAUAUUAGCUCAUAUUUUGGACACAAAAAACUAGAAACAAAGUGGUAAAGUUUACUAAAGAAAGGAAUUCACUAUGGUAUUCGGUUUUUGCGACUUGGAUAUGUUUAACAAUCAGGAUACUAAUGGCUGGCAAGGAUUGUUGGCAUUACCAUUAGAUAGUCGUUCCCAUUCUGCAAACAUGAAAAGUACAAAGAGAAAGAUGUUAGCAGAAUAUGAAGAAAAAACAGGAAAAAACGGUGGAAAGAGACAGUUAUCUAGAAUUCCACUAUGGUACUUCUUACAUGAAAUACUAGAAGUUGAGCAAUGCAAGGAGCUGGCGACAUGGGAGGAUUCAUCAAAACUGAUAUUUACCAUUAGAAAACCCAAAGAGGUGGCCGUUCUGUGGGGCAUGAUUAAAAACAAAGAAACCAUGACCUACCCAAAAUUAGCCAGAGGAAUUCGAUAUUACUACGGAAAGGGAGUUAUUGAGAAGUAUCGAGGAAAAAGAUUUUCGUAUCAAUUUGUGUUGUCAAAAAAGACGAAGGCUGUAUUAACCAAAACAAAACGAAAUUUAGCUCCUACUGAAGACAAAUCGGUGUUUACAAAGUCCAACUUGAAAAGAAAAAAUAAUGCUUGUAAAGAUGCAGAUGUAGUGUUGAAGAGGCGUCGCAGUUCUGCAAGCACUGUUAGCACAGACUCUUUCGACGCCGCAUCCCAUUCUGACUUAAGCAGUGAAGAUGAAGACGGCGAGUUUGGUUUCGAAGAAGAUUGGAACAGCCUUGAUGCAUGCCUUGCUGAGAUCUUCAAUGAUGCCACACGAAUGAAAGAAAUUUUUAGUGACGAACAAACUCCCCCACAAAUUGAAGGACAUGGAAAAAGUGCAGAAAAAGAGAUUUUUGAUGAUCCGGAUAUUUUUAACUUCUGCAGAGAAUUUGAACAAAACGAUAUUAGAGUUGCAGAACGAGCGAGUCACAAUACGCCAUAUAUACAAAAUUCACAAAACAAUUCUGUUACGGGUAAUAACUUUUAUUUUGAUCAGAGUAUCCUUUACAAAGAAAGAAAUAUUUACGAAAGGACACCGCCUGCAUUUUCAACUUCAUAUUCAUAUCCAAUACAAAAUACUAAUAAUCAACAAGCGAUGACAAAAGAUCUAUGCAAAUCCGUGCCAGAUUUCUCCGUAUUGGAAACAAUGUUUCAUAACGAACAAGAAAACCACGUACCAGUCCCAAACUCGGGCGAGAAAGACACGCUUCUACAAGAUCUUGAGCAGUUGUUGCAUUCAACAUAUUUCAUGUGAGACAACCAUAGCAAACCAGCGACGUUGCUGUGCAUGCAUAUAGGCGUGUGUGUUGUGUUCGAAUAUUGUCUUUUAUGUCUCGUAUCUUGCGUUGUCGAAUAGAUUCUUUAUGAACUGGUUUCAACUAUACGCUUCUUUGGGUAUCCAGAGUGUAUCCCGUUAAAAUGUUUUUAGACUAGAGUUCUUUUAUAAUUAGAGUUUUGUAAGUACAUCAAAAAAACAGAAUAUUAAAUGGAAAA